GAAAGAGAAGAGAAUGGGUGAAGAGUCCUCGAAGGUGAUUCUCGAAGAGUCUUCCACAAAGAAGGUGAUUCUCGAAGAGUCUUCCACAAAGAAGGUGACUCUCCGAACCUCUGACGGAGAAGUGUUCGAGCUCGAAGAAACGGUCGCAUCCCAAUCGCAAAUGAUCAGAUUCAUGAUGGAAGAUAACUGCGCCAACGACGCUAUACAGCUACCCACCAUAACUGCCAGAAUCCUGGUGAAGGUGAUAGAGUACUGCAAGAAACAUGCCAAAGUCAGAGAAGGAGGAUGCGAAGCCUCCUCCUCCUCCUCGGAUCAGAAAGACAAUAAGGAGUUGAAAGGCUGGGAUAAGCAGUUCAUGAGCGGCAUGGACAUCAACCUCGUUUUCGAUCUCAUCCAGGCCGCUAACUACCUGGACAUCAGUGGUCUGCUGGACCUCACUUGUCAGUACAUCGCUGAUCACAUUAAGCAUAUGACCCCUGAGGAGGUACGCAAGGUAUUCAAUAUCGAGAAUGAUUUUGCUCCGGAGGAGGAAGCCAGGAUUCGUAAGGAGAAUGAAUGGGCCUUUGAUUAGGAUUUUCUAUUUUCUAUUUUUAUGAUAUUAGAUGAUACUGUUAAAAUAGAAAAAGAAAAUAGUAGAGU